UCUCCAACACCAUCACCUCUCUCUCUCUCUCUCUCUCUCUCUCUCUCUUUGGUGCGCACUGUGUCCCCAACUCCCCUUCACUGUUUCCACAGCGAGAGCGAUCGAGGGAGAGGGGGGGAGAUGAAGGAGAUCGUGAUCGGAUCGGACGCGGCGGCGCGGCGCGGCGGGACACCGCCGCCGCCGCCGCCGCAGGCGCUGCUGGAGAGGCUCAAGGACUAUGGCCAAGAGGACGCGUUCGCCCUCUGGGAUGAGCUCACCCCCGACGAGCGUGACCUCCUCGUCAAGGACAUCGAGAGCCUGGAUCUUCCUAGGAUCGACCGGAUUAUCAGAUGCUCACUUGGAUCCCAAGGCCUUCCAUUGCCCGCGGUUGAGCCUGUUCCAGAGUCGAGCGUCUCAACCGUCGAACAAAGAACUUCUGAAGAAAGAGAGCGGUGGUGGAAGAGAGGAUUGAAGGCCGUCUCGGAGGGGAAAUUGGCCGUUGUACUUUUGUCUGGCGGUCAGGGCACUCGGCUUGGAAGUUCAGAUCCAAAGGGAUGUUUCAACAUUGGACUCCCAUCAGGAAAGUCACUUUUUCAACUUCAAGCUGAGCGCAUUUUGUGUGUUCAGAAGCUUGCGGCUCAGUCCACUGAUGGCUCUGCUGGAAUUGUUCCCAUUCAUUGGUACAUAAUGACUAGCCCGUUUACGGAUGAGCCCACCCGCAAGUUCUUUGAAAGCCAUAAGUAUUUUGGCUUAGAACCCGAUCAGGUGACCUUUUUCAAGCAAGGCACUCUCCCCUGUGUUUCUAGUGACGGUCGAUUUAUCAUGGAGACACCCUACAAGGUAGCUAAGGCUCCUGAUGGAAAUGGAGGGGUAUAUUCUGCUUUAAAAUCUUCAAGACUGUUGGAAGAUAUGGCCAUGAGGGGUGUGAAAUAUGUGGACUGUUAUGGAGUUGAUAAUGCACUUGUCCGUGUUGCAGAUCCGACAUUUUUGGGGUAUUUUAUUGAUAAAGGUGUAGCUGCCGCAGCGAAAGUUGUAAGGAAGGCGUAUCCGCAAGAGAAAGUCGGGGUGUUUGUCCAACGUGGCAGAGGUGGGCCCCUCACUGUGGUUGAAUAUAGUGAAAUGGAGCAGUCAAUGGCUUCUGAGAUCAAUCAGAUAACCGGCCGCCUUCGCUUUUGCUGGAGUAAUGUAUGCUUACAUAUGUUUACUCUGGAUUUCCUGAAUCAAGUAGCCAGCGGCCUCGAAAAGGACAGCAUAUACCACCUAGCGGAGAAGAAGAUUCCUUCAAUCCAUGGAUAUACCGCCGGCUUAAAGCUCGAGCAGUUUAUAUUUGAUGCUUUUGCUUACUCUCCAUCGACAGCACUUUUUGAGGUAUUGAGGGAGGAGGAAUUCGCACCGGUCAAGAAUGCUAAUGGUGCCACUUACGACACCCCCGACAGCGCUCGGUUGAUGCUUCUACGCCUCCACAGUCGCUGGGUAGUUGCCGCAGGUGGCUUCAUUACUCACUCUGUGCCACUAUAUUUAACAGGUGUAGAAAUUUCUCCUCUUUGCUCGUAUACCGGAGAAAACCUCGAAGCCAUAUGCCGUGGGAGGACGUUUCAUGCACCGAGCGAAAUUACAUUCUAGGGUUUAGAGAUUGUGCAAGGAAUAGUUUCAUUUUAACCAUGCUCUAUAUGAUUCUGUGAGAAAUAGUUUUGAGUGCUGUUAGGUUUAUGUUAUGCGGUUUGGCUCUCUUUCGCCUUUUUUUUUUUGCGAGUUGAGUUUGUUGACGCAGUGGAUGUAAUUGUAAACUAUGUGGAACCAAAUUUUAGUUAUGUUGGUUUCAGUGUGCAAUACUUGUUUUAAGGGAAUAAACACCAAGAAUUGGAUGUGUAGCUUGUAAACUUGUUUUCUUAGUUGUUGGAAUUAAUGUUUUCUCCUUU